AUGGCAGAAAACAGUGUUAGUGCAUGCAUGGAACAGCAUGUGGUGAUGAAGUUUCUUGUGAACGAAGGUGUAAAACCCACGGAUAUCUACAGAAGACUUCAAGCACAGUACGGUGAUGAGAUUUGAAUAGUGUAAACAUUUCAAAGAUGGACGUCCGUCCGUCAGUAAUGAUCCCGGCCAUGGUGGUUCCCAGUCCACAGCAGUCAUUCCUGUGAACAUUCAGCGCUUGGAACACCUGAUCCUGGAUAAUCAACGCAUAACCUAAAUUGCACAAGAGACAGAUCUUUCUGUGGGAACGGUGAACACAAUGA